CAAGAUAUUUAGGACUUUUCUGAACAUAAUUUCUUUUUAAAUUUCUCAAAAAUAGGCAAAAGGGAAAAUAUAAGAUACAAAUCGCGAAGCAAUCGUUUCCGGAAACUUGUUGAAAAAAUGUGUAAACAUACCUGUGAUCGUUCCGUGAACUUGUGUGCCAUUUUUCAGUUCAAUAGUGACCGUCUCAUGGCUGAGUUUCAUCAAAAAUCUGAAAAUAAAUCAAAAUAACUGGUAUCAAAAAAACGAUCUUCGAAAAAUCCUGUGGCAGUUUUCUAGGUUAAGUCUGUCACAGGAUUUCAGGAGAACUGAUAUACCUAAAACGCAACGCGACAAUAAUCGUGGGCAGAACACAAGGAGAUAUUGUUUUAAGAGAGGACAAGUCGACAUGGGAUCGAAAUAUGGAAGCACGGUUAUGAAGCCUCAUGGUGAAAGGAUAAAGGUAACUACUGAAGGUACAAAUGUAGAAAAUUUGGACAUAAUUAAAUUUGGGAUGCAGGAGAACGAUUAUAGGGUUAGGUACAUUCCUAUAGUCGUCCUGAUUUCUUCUCUGAAUGAAAGUGACAUUCAACAUUUGCAAUCGAUUGUCGAAAGUCUCGAUGGUUGCAUUGUUGAGAAUUGGAAGGAACGAAGUGAUAAAGUCGUCACUCAUCUCACAACUCAUCAAGCCAAAUUGGGACAAAAGGUCGCUCUGGCUUUGGUAAAAUGCAUCCCAAUAGUGGGCAUUGAAUAUUGGGAAGCAGUUCAGACUGCGGUCGAAAACCGUCGAGAUUGGCCAAAAGCUACUGAAUACGUACUUCCAAUUAAAGAAAACAUAGUAGAUAAAGGAAAAGUAUCUUUAAAGCCAAGCCUUGAUCGAAAAACGUUGUUCAACAAUUUGACAUUCUUGUUUUUCUCGAUAUCGCAAAAAAAGAUUUACAAGGAUAUUGUGAUCGGGGCAGGAGGAAAAGUUUUAAUGUUCAACCCUUCACUUCACACCGAUUUAACAAUAUUUUGCUCUAAUGAGUUCGUUGCUGUUUAUUAUAUGAUCGGAUCUAACCAGACUGAGGAAAGCAUUCUUGAUUCACAAAGAUUGAAAACUGGAUACGAAGAAAUUGGUGAAUUAUUGCGAAAAAGAAAGCGCAGGAUGAUUUCGGACAGCGAAAUAUCGUUGGCAGUCCUGCAUUGUUCGGUGAAACAACACUGCAAUCCGAAUCACAAUUUCAAAGACUUGCUCGUUGAAUCAAAAAAAGCUGUCUCUAAUAAUAAUAAUAAUAACAAAAAAGCCACUGUCUAUGCACUAGAUACGCAGGAUUUGCGUUCGAAAGUCCCUUCCGACUCCGUCAAUGAAAACAUAAUAGCAGAUACGAACCAGUCAUUAUUUCAGGAACAUGGAAAAUCGGCACCAGAGACACACUCGAGUCUCGUCGAUUCUCCCCUCGAAAAUCCGUCUGGACCCUCAGGCAUAACUUCAAUUCAUCUCGAUAGUCAGGAAAGCACUUGCGACAUGGAAGAUAAUUUUGCAAGCAUGGCGAUGAAUGAAAAACGUGCUGAGAAAAGAAAUCUCGAGACUUUCAGUUUUGCUCGAACGAAAAAACUAAAAUCCGACUCUGGCAGCUCGCUUUUCCCCGUCUUGCCGAAAAGCAAGAGUCAAGAUCAAUCCUCUCUUUCACAAAGAUUGCAAGCUUCGCAAUAUUUAGACGGCUCGCAAAGCAUAAUUGGAACCCAAAAUCUUCAAAGUUCUCAAUCGUCAUACAGAUCGACUCGUGAAUUGUUUUCACCAAUUCAGCGAGUAUCGCAGAGAAAUUCUUCGGGACCGUCGACUUCAAGAGAAGGGAAAAAGUCGAAACCCACACAAAAUACGUCUGCUGAUUUUAUGGACGAAUCUGACGGAAAUGAGGAAGAAGUGAAUAGAGAAUCGAGAGAUAAGGAGGAGAGAAUUGUAUUUAAUGUGUCAGCUGAAGAGAAGGAGGAAUCUCAAAAGGAAGAAAGGGUUGUGAGCAAAAUAAGGAUUCGAUCAGAUGCCUCACUUUUGGAUGAAUCUAGACCGCAAAUGAGGGUAGAAAUUAAUUUAGAAGGAAAGAGAAAGGAACCUUCUUCGGAUGAACCGAAUAUUUUUGGAGAGCCGGCACCGAAAAAGAAAAGAAUUGCGGCGAAGUCGAAUUUAAAUGAUUUCAUCAUUCCUGCGGGAAGGAGUGAUAAGAGAAAAAGAGGAGAUGGUGAUUCGGAUAGCGGUGAAAUUAUGAUGCAGAAGAAACAGCAGAGAAAGAUUAAUUCUUAUAAUAAAAUGCCAUCGGAAUCCUCCGGCAUAACUAUUGAUAAUGAGAAUCAAUUUGUUCGUUUUGUUACGGGGUUAAUUCGCGAGGAAUCAACCGAUUCUCUGCUUGAACGGACCUUUGGUCACAAAAGAUUCCAAAAGGUUUAUUCAUCAUUUCCAGCAACAAGAGUUACAUUUCAAACUAUGGCCCCAUAUGCACCAGAAGGAAAUUUAAUUUUAGAUCCAAGAGCAGGAAUGACGAUGGGAGCUUGAAAUCAAUAAAUUUGUCUCAACGUCCUAAGUUAUUUCAUCUUUUGUACAACGUCUCUCUCAUUUAUUAUUUUGCGUUUUUUUUUCAUAUUUUGAAGAGUCUUGAAUUUAUGAUAUUAAAAAAAUGUUGCGUACUUGUCUUCUAUAUUGGGUAGAAAAUUAUUGUAUCCUAAAUUUAUGAUAUUAAAAAACUAUUACGUGUCUGUUUUGAAAUUGGUAAAAACAUUAUUUUUAUUUUGAAGUUAAUAAUAUCGCGCAAAAAGUCUCUUUCGUUUUUGUAAUUUAUGAUUUAAGAAUACAAUUUAUACUAUAUUUCUGUAAAACUGCUUGUGUAUUUUUUUCCGAAUAAUAGAACCAAAGUAUGAACUAU